UAUAAGAAAACCAUAUAUUUACAUCUCAGUAGAGCCUAUAAGCUUAAAUUUUUAUUACCCAAGGGCUUAACAUACAAAAAUUAAAUUACACAAAGUUCUCUUCUUUUUUUUUAAACAAAACAAAAAUAUUCUUUUAAAUUCAACCAACAUGGCUCUUCAAACUGUUUAAAAUUUAAAACGAUUGUUCCAACCGUUUUAUCUCCACGUUUCCUAAAAUGAAUCUUCAUAAUUUCAAUAAAUAUGUUGACUAACAAAACGCACACUCAGAAGAACACGUCAUUGAUUAAGUUGUUUGCAUUUAAAUAGUGACAUGGAACUCCCUGAGGCUCAUAUCAAAGUAAAUCUCCAUAAAGACAAAACAAACUUUCAACGUCUCAUAAUUAUUGUUAUUUACAUUUGUUAAAUAAUUUUAAAUUAGUUAUCCUAUAAGAAAAUGGGUCUAUCGAUAUCAUACCUACUCACGCGUUUCUUUCCCAAAGAAAAUAUGAGAAUUCUUAUGAUUGGACUGGAUGCAGCAGGCAAGACGACAAUUCUCUAUAAACUCAAAAUUGGCGACGUUGUGACAACGAUUCCAACAAUUGGCUUCAAUGUAGAGACAGUUGAAUAUAAGAACUUUCGAUUUACGGUGUGGGAUGUCGGUGGGCAGACAACAAUCCGUCAGCUGUGGUAUCACUAUUUUCAAAACUCGAAAGCUAUUAUUUACGUUGUGGAUUCUUCGGAUAGAGAGAGAAUUGACAAAGCUGAAUCUGAGUUGUCGGCAGUUUUAGAGAGUGACGAGUUGAGAGAUGCAAAAAUAUUGCUUCUAGCAAAUAAACAAGAUCUACCAAACGCACUGACUCCAUCACAGUUGGCUGACAAAAUGAAAAUGCACGAUCGAAAGCAUGAAUGGUAUGUGCAAGGAACUUGUGCCCAAACUGGAAGUGGACUCUAUGAAGGACUUGACAACUUGCAUAGAAUGUUAACCAAACAAAAUUAGUGUUCGAUACACAAUCCAUAUUAACAAUAAUAAUCAUUUAUUAAUUAAUAAAAAAA